AUGGUGGCUGAAAAAGAGGAGGUUGCCAUGGGGCUGAUGUGGCGCCUGCUGGGUCUGACCCUCCUCUUUGUUGGGUGUACCACUGCUGGAACCCCAGAACCUGUGUCUGAGGAUGUACUGGUGGGCAUCGUGGGGGGUAACAGCGCCCCACAGGGGAAGUGGCCAUGGCAGGUCAGCCUAAGGAUCUACAACUACUACACGGCCUCCUGGAUGCACAUCUGUGGGGGCUCCAUCAUUCACCCACAGUGGGUGUUGACUGCUGCCCACUGCAUUCACAAGAGAGAUGCUGACCCUUCAUCCUUCCGGAUCCAUGCUGGGGAUGUCUACCUCUAUGGGGGCAAGGAGCUGCUGAGAGUGAGCCAGGUCAUCAUACACCAGGACUAUGUCAAUGCUGGCCUGGGUUCAGAUGUGGCUCUGCUCCGGCUGGAGAAACCCCUGGACUGCUCUGCCAACAUCAAGCCUGUCAAACUGACCUCUGGAUCUCUCGAGGUCAACUCGAGGUACCCAUGCUGGGUGACUGGCUGGGGCAUGGCCCACAUGUUCGCAUCACUGCCACCUCCCUACCGCCUGCAGCAGGUUCGGGUGAAGAUAGUGGACAAUGCCGUCUGUGAGCAGUUAUACCACAAUGCCACCAGGCACUGGAACCAUAACUAUAAAUUCAUCCAGGAUGAUAUGCUGUGUGCUGGCAGCGAAGGCCGUGGGGCCUGCUAUGGUGACUCAGGUGGCCCCCUGGUCUGCAGGGUGGCAGGCUCCUGGAACUUGGUGGGAGUGGUGAGCUGGGGCUACGGCUGUGCCCUGAGAGACAUCCCUGGGGUCUAUGCCCGCGUGCAGUCCUUCCUGCCCUGGAUCACUGGUCAGAUGAAGUUGUUCUCCUGA